AUGUCUCCAGCCGGAGGAGUGCUGGCCCCCGUGGUCAUGCGCGCCCUCCGCAGCGCCGUUGUCAACACGGCCAAGAUGACAAAGGUCAUACAGCGCAAGUUGGCUGGCGCGACCCAGCCGCUCAGCAAAGAAGUCCAACAUGUCACCGUCCGAUCCACCGGCCGACAGCCCAUCCACCCUACGGCCUUCCUGCGGCAGUCGAAGCGUGGAGUACGAUGGUCCUCGUCCACCACGUACGGCCGCCUCAACGCCAAUGUCCGCCGCUUCAUCACCACCGCAGCCAAAGAGCUGAGCGCCGCCCCGAGGGCCGACCGCUCUGCCUUCAACAACACAGUUGUUGGGCGGGCAUUCUCGCAGUUUACCGGACGAGCGCCCUUCGCACAUACUUUGCGGCCGAACCUCACCGGUGGUGCGAUGCCCAGGACCGCAGGCGGCUACGCCAUGCCAGGCUCGGGUCGCAUCGGAGGCCAGCGAUACUUUAGCCACGGGCCUACAUCUCAGGCACAGGUAUUCCAGAACGUGUCACAAGCAAUGCGUGCCUUCUGGCUCUCGGGCCAGAGGGCUCGUUUCGACGGACACAGCCCCAACGGCGACAAGAGAUACAAGCCAGUCACCGCCUUGCAGGAAUCCGCAGGCAGGAGGGUGGCCAGCAUGCCGCGCAUCUUGCCCGGCUCGUUUGUCGACUUCCAGAUCAGCCCCACGGUCACCGCCCUCAGCCCUCUUGCCGCCGUGACCGCCAUGGCGACUUGCCCGGACGCGAUGCCCGAGGCUGGCCCUGCGACCCUGAACGCCGAGGGUUUCUUUGAUGUCCUCUCGACCGACUUUGCGCGACAGCUCAAGGACCUCACGGCUGUAAUGAGCGAUCUCAGGCGUCUCGCGACGUUGGGUGACCUGCCCAUCACGCUAGAGAAGAACAGCACUCUGCGUGUGAGGUUUCCAGGCCUCGAUGCCGACACCGUUGAACGACUGUGUGAUGAUACCGGGGUCCAGCGAGGAGUCAUCAAGCAAGACCCCGACUUUGAUGUCAGCUAUGGCAGCCCGAUGGCACUACGGUUCCCGUACGCGCCUGACACCCACGAGGAGACGCUCACCUCACCUGGUGGCUCGGCGAGGUCGCAACUGUCCGAGUUGUCUUCUCUCGAGGAGGACGAGGCUAUGUUUGAUGAGUACGUCGACAGGUACAUUGAUGAGAGCCCGUGGCUGUCGACCCCGGAGCCAGAAAUCGAUGUCGAGGAGGGAUACGAGAGCAUGUCUGGCCACGUCUUGAGUUCUACCGAACACGUCUCUGAGGAUUUUGAGGGUCUGGAGGGAAUCUAUCGCUUUUUGGAGGAGUGUGACAACUUGAAGUCCCGAAACAGAUUCUAG